UGUUUUCUGAAUUCCCCAAAACGACAACCAAGUACUACGUGCAAUAAUAGCCAUGGAACGACAAGAACAUAUUCCAGACGGCUACAUAUUUCGUCCAACAGACGCAGAGCUCCUGGGCUAUCUUGCCCUAUUUGUCACCGGAAACCCCGUAUUAUCCACGGUUCCGAUUAUGGAGUCUGAUCUAUACAACGGAGAGGAGCCAUGGAAGAUAUUCCAACGCUCAAGAGACAAGGUUUUAUACAUUUUUGCUACCUUAAAAAGGAGGAGUUCCAGCGAUUCACGUUACAUCCGGACGGUCGGAGAUGGAAAGGGUACAUGGAAGGCACAAGACAGAGGAAAACCGAUUUACAGAUACGAUGAUGAUGAUGAUGAUGAUGACAACCAACAGUCGAGACAACUUAUCGGAUACAAGAGGAGUUUGAGGUACGAGAAGAGUGGAUCGAAGCAUGACCGGCGAUUCUUGAUGAAAGAAUAUUAUUUUCCCAGUAAUAUAAGAGCCACAUUGAAAAGGCCAUUGAAUGACAUUGUACUUUGUAGAAUCAAGAGGAAACAAAAUAAUAGAGAGAUUAUGGGUUUCGAGAGUGAAUCAAUUGAAGCACGAGACAUCGGAGACAUUAUCGGCGAAUUGGCGACGAAAUCUUGUAGUUAUUCGGAAGUUAACUCUCUUCUAGAGACGUCGCAUUAGUCCGAAUGAAUUGAAGAAGAUAGUUUUCAUUGUUCCUUUUCGGGCGACCAGUAUUUAGUUUAUGUAUUUUUUUGAGUGAAGAAUGUAAACUGGCUUAGCCUAACUUAUCCCUAU